CGGAGCGACUUUUCUGACCUCUCCAGUUCAGCUGCUCUCAGGGUUCAGUGAGUUAAAGCACCAGUGUUGAGUUUAAAGUGGAAUACUUUCCGGCUUGGUAGAGCGAUGGCACAAUGAUUAUUGCGCGCAGUGAGAAUCUUAAACAGUCGCGGCAGUCGGCGUUUUGUUUCAACUUCUAUUGCAUGGUAUUUUAAGUGGGAAAACGAUGGACCCGAUAACUAAGUGGACACCUAAGCAAGUAGUGGAGUGGAUGAGAGGUCUUGAUGACAGUCUCCAGCAAUAUGUUGCCAACUUUGAGAGGGAGAAGAUCAGUGGAGAGCAGCUGCUGAAGAUCUCUCAUCAGGAUCUGGAAGAGCUUGGAGUGGCUCGCAUCGGUCACCAGGAGCUGGUUCUGGAAGCGGUGGACUUGCUGUGUGCUUUGAAUUAUGGUGUGGAAACAGAUAACUUGAAAAACCUAGUGGUGAGAAUGAGAGCUGCAUCGAACAAUCUGCACAUCAGUACAUCAGAGCGCAGGAAGAUUCCCAGCUACGAUGGCAACACAUCUCACAAACCCCCCAACGAGUUCCUCACCUCUGUUGUGGAGCUGAUUGGUGCAGCGAAAAGCCUUCUCACAUGGCUUGAUAGAACCCCUCUGACUGGGAUCAGUGACUUCACCAGUACCAAGAACAAGAUCAUUCAGCUGUGUUUGGAGUUGACCACCACAGUCCAACAGGAUUGCACUGUUUAUGACAUGGAGGAGAAAAUUCUUGGAGUGUCCAAGGUGCUAAAUGGUAUCUGUGACCAGACUGUGAGAACAACCUCUGAUCCUCUAAUGAGCCAGCUGACAUGCCUGGAGGAAGUUCAGCUGACCAACAUCAAGCCAGGAGAAGGCCUGGGGAUGUACAUAAAAUCCACCUACGAUGGGCUCCAUGUCAUCACUGGCACUACUGAACAUUCUCCAGCAGACUUGUCUCACAAGAUUCACGCAGGUGAUGAGGUGAUCCAAGUGAACCAGCAGACAGUGGUGGGCUGGCAACUAAAGAACCUGGUGGCUAAGCUAAGAGAGGACCCUAAAGGAGUGGCACUGCUGUUGAAGAAGAGGCCAGCAGGCACAUCUGGCUUCACGCCCGCACCGCUUAAAAACAUGCGAUGGAAACCACCUCAGGCACAGAGCUCUUCAUCACCCAGUAAAACCCAGUCACCGGACAGCAGCAAUGGAUCUACCAGCAGGAAGCAGAAACCAGCCAUCUUGGACUUGUACAUCCCCCCUCCACCAUCAGUGCCUUACAUGCCACGGGAUGCAAGGACCAGCUCAUUCAGCAACAUUAACAGCAGACCCAAAGGCUCAGAGUCACCCAACUCCUUCCUGGAUAAGGAGAGCCGCCGCCGCUUCACCACCACAGACCAGGACAAGCUGGCAGCCUAUCCUGUGGAGGCCAACGUAGUGCAAACUCGUCUUAGGGAGAGAAACUCCUCAUGUGGUAAACCACGGCCUCUCAGCAUGCCAGCCGAAACAUGCUUAAGUGUGGCAGACCCUUAUGCCAGGCCCUGGGCACAAGGAAGAAAAGGUGAGGAUCUUUUGUACAGAUACCUCAGCAAUGAGCGCAUACCGACUAUAGCCGAAGAAGUGCCUGCAAUGGGACGCUCGUACAGAUCUCCAGAAGAGCGAUGUGUACGAGGCGUUGAUCGUGUGCGGAACAGCCGUUAUCUUGUAAAUGUAGACCUCCACAAGAACGCCACCAUCUCUUAUCAGGAGGACUUUGCUAAAAACGCUAUGACAUCCACUCCGAAAAGGCCCCCUGCGGAACCCUCGCUACUGGAUUCGGACUGGCCAUCCAGCAAUGCAUUUAUGAACAGGUACAGCACCACAGCAAUGCGAGCCUGGUCAUUCUCUCAAGCGGCGUCUUUCCCGAUCUCGCUAGCCCCUCGGACAAAUGUUGAUGAGUACAACCCUGUGUCCCUCAGGCACAAGUCUAAGAAGAAGACUCGAGACAAUGCAACAAUGAGCAGGAGGAGGGUUUCUGUGAAGGACCUGGAUCCAGUGGACCACCAGGGCUGGCUCUACAGGAAGAAUGAUGGGAAAGGGUUCCUAAGCAUUAAGUGGAAGAAGUAUUGGUUUGUUCUGAAGAAAACCUCACUUUAUUGGUACACCAACCAGAUGGCUGAAAAAGCAGAGGGUUUCAUUAACCUGACAGAUUUUCUCAUUGACCGGGCAGUGGAAUGCAAAAAGAAAUAUGCUAUUAAAGCAUGCCACCCAAAGGUCAGAAUUUUCUACUUUGCUGCUGAAAGUCAUGAGGAGAUGAACAUAUGGCUGAAUAAGCUUGGUCUUGCAUCCAUACAGUAUGAACCUACAGAGAGUCAUCCAACUGAAUGCUAUAGUGAAUCGAGUGAUCAUGAGGAGGCUGAGUCCACUGAGGCACCCCCUCCACCCUACUCUGAGCAGCUGCUAAACCUAGACUCACAGAAUGUGAACAGUUCGUCAGGAACUGGACUGCCGGGGAGCCUUCCUCCUCCAUACUCAUCUCCAGUGCCUAGUGAGGCUUCACCAUCCUCCCCAGUGAGCACUAUGACAUCACAAAGCUCCAUGUCUUCUCUGGCCAAAAAGCGUCAGUCUUGGCUAGACUUUGUGGCCCAGACUGGACCUACUGCUGCUCAGGUUCACACUCAAGGAGACACAGUGACACCAAACUGCACUGAGGCUGAUGCUGCUCUGGUACAGGAACGUCAGACCAGUCUAGAGCCUACAGAGCAAGCACCAAUUAACUCAGGAGAAAAGCAGAUUACACAUAAUUCCAGUGAGGACUGCACUAGUGAUGAGAUGGAGAAAUUGUACAUAGAUCUGAAAAGGGCAAGCCUGUCUCCCACUGGUGAGCGAAGACCAUCGUCAAAAUGUGAAUUCAGAGCUUCCUUUAUAAAGCGCUGCAAAAACCAGAGGGUCAAUGAAAAGUUUCACCGUGUUCGAGCACUUAAAAGCACCCUAAAGGCUAAAGAGGCAGACUUGCUAACUCUGGAUCAGGUGCUGGCUGACCCCAUACUCACAGCCAGUAAAUUCCGUCAGUGGAAAGAAACAAACAUGGUAUUGCUACAGGAGAUACAUACAAGAGAUCCUCCUCAGACUAAAUCAUGUGAGGCCUCAGAUUUAACAACUGCGGUUUCCCCUCAGACAGAGACCAGUUUAUAGACAGACAUUAAAGGUUUAUGAUGACACUGAGGCCACAAUGGACCCAAGUGUGAAAUAUUUCCCUUUUUACACAUGCAUAGAAAAUAUUUUCAAAAUGUACACAUUAUUUGUAUAUAUCUUGUUAUUUUAUUGCCUGGCUUUUAGACCCAUCAGUAUCGUCCCUCAAACCUGGAGAGUCUUUUUUAUAUAUACAGUUUUUGUGUUAGCCCAUGCUGGAGAAGUGUUUUUAUUGUUUCCUGAUAGGAAAAACUUUUUCAUGUGAUCUAAUGAAUUUCUUUUAAUUAUGUAUAGUUUAAAAUUGUGUUUAUUAUAAAUGUUUGCUCCUAUUCACUCACUGUAAAUGGUAAAUUUCCAUUUAGGUAAGAAUAAACACUCAUGUUUAA